GGGGUUCCGAUUCAAAUGCUGUACAGCGUAAAAGGCCGAGGUGAGCAGAUUGCAUAAUCUACUUUCGGUUUUGCAGUUUUCAGAAAAUUUGCAAAGAAAAUAGAGAAAAUCAACGGACAGGUAUAUAGGUGAACAGACUAUAAGAUGAGGUGCUCUGGCACCAAUUGUGGGAAAGAGGGUGAUGGUAAAUUCUGUGAGGAGUGUGGAGGCAAGAUGGUGGAGGAGAUAAUGGACAAAGUAGUGAUUUGUAGUGGAAAGUUAGAGGAUGAUUCUGCAUGUGGAGCAGAACUGGUUUCUAAUCAGAAAUUUUGUAAAAGCUGUGGGACAAAAGUUGAUCAGUCUCUUUUCCACAGUAUGCAACAUACAUGCCCUAAAUGUGGUAAUGUGGUAGAGCAGGGUGCAAAGUUUUGUAUGGAAUGUGGAUUCAACUUGAAACAACAAGCCAAAACAGAACAGCCAACCAUAGCUGUAAAUGAAAGUGAGACCUCUACAAAGGUGGAUGCAGAUAAAUCUAAAGAAGAAGAGGAUACUCAGACUAGCACAGCCUCUAAAAUGUCAUCAGAAACUGGCACAGCAUGUUUAGGGGAGUCAAAAGAUAAAGAUGGCAGCAUCCAGGAUGAAGAAAUUUAUAAUAAACAAAAAGAAGAAAGCACUGCCAAGAAUAAUGAAAGCAGUGUCCAUGUACGGGAUGAACAAAAUUAUGAUAAAGAAAAUGAAGAAAGUGCUGCUGCCAAGAAUAUUGAAAGCAGUGUCCAUGUGAAGAAAAUUGAAAACGAAAGUGAUCUAAAAGCUGGCACAGUAGGGCAAGAGGUUUCUUUUGAAGCUCAACCAAAAAUUGCAGAAAACAGCAAUGUCAAUAUUGGUCCAACAAAUGAAGAAUGUACACAAUCUGAAGCCACUGAUGAUGUAGAAAUGGCAGAUAAUCAAGAUGGAACUGCUAAUGAAGAGAAGGAUCAAAGGGAAAUUGAAAUGGCCUGUUCUGGAAACAGAAAGAUCAUAAAUGAAAAUUCAAAUUCUGAAUUGUCUGAACAGUUGGAAGAUGUCCAUAUUGGCAAAGGGCAGCAAGGAAAUCUUAACAUUGUUGAGACUUUAAAAACUGAUGCAAAAGAGGAGAAUGUAAAAGAAACAUCAAAUGAUUCAUCAAAAGAUGAAGAUAUUGAUGACGAUACUGAUGAAGUACAAAGCAAUGAUAAUGGACAGGUUAAACGAAGCAAAAACCAGAAAGAGAAUGAAAAGAAAAGAAAACAAGAUACGGACAAUGCAGAGAUGCAAACUGAACAUGAAGCAAAUGAUGACACAGUACAAAGGCAAGAUUCCUCUGAACAGGAUAAAGAUAGUGAAACUGGAGCGUCAAGCAAUGAAGCAGAACAUAUUGAACAAAACAUUGCGAGCUGCAACAGAGCUGUUGACCAAAAGACAAUUACAGAUGGGGAAAAGGGAAGUCAGAAAGAAAUGGUCUUUGGAUCUCACAGAUCCAAUGGAAUAUCUGAAUCAAGUGAAGGCAAUGAAAUUAAAACAUCUUAUGGAAAAAGUCUUUUCACUUUAAAUGAUACCACAGAUGAAAGAACCACAACUGAGCAAAAUAGAGGAAAUGACAUAGAAAAUAAUAAUGAAAGUUCAUCAACAGCAAAUAUGGAUACAACAACUGAUGAAACAUUUUCCUACACAAAUAACCUGGAUGAAGAGAAUGAAAAAUCAGAUAAGGAGGGGACAGAUGUUGACAAAGCUACAGAAAGAGAAACAAGAAGUAAGACUCGAGCAAAAGCUGCUGAAUUGAGUAAAAAACCAAAGCAACAGGAACAGUUGAAGAAACAGUCAAAAGCUGAAGAAAAUAAAGUGAAAGCAACUCAGAGAAAAUUCAAUGAAAAAUGCAUUAAGGUACAGUUCCACGUGUUGACAAGUGAAGAUUUUAAAUUUGAUCCAGUAAAGGACAAGUGCAUAGUGAAAAUAGGCCAUGAGGAAAUGGGUGGUUGGAACAGACAAGAUCGUGUCAUGAAAGAAAAGAGGAAAAUAGAUGCCUAUGUUUAUGAGAUGGUGUUUGAUGAAGUGAUACCUACAAGACUUAUAUCCGGUGGACCUUCCAUUACUUACAAGUAUGUGAUCAUUAAAGGUGAUAAACCAGAUAAGGAAAGAUGGGAACAUUACUUAAACAACUACAAGUCAGGAAAGGAUGUCAACAGGGAUUUAAAAGUAUAUCUGAAGCUGAAAGGCCUAGAUAUGUGGCAUCAAUAUGACUGCUUUAUUGAAAAUGAAAAAAAAUCUUGGACAGGUAGGGUAGUUGACUACUUUACCUGGAAGAAGGAUUUAAUCCAACAUGCAGAAAAAGCUGUAGAAGUAUUUUGCCCAGAGAUAAUGGAAAAUGAUAAAAGUUUUCUCCAGGUUGAAGAUGUUGUUCACCAGCUUAAAAUGCUGCUUGAAUGCAUGAAGAAGAUAUAUCUGCUUGAUGGAAAAUGCUAUAUAAGCCUAAAAGAGUAUAUGACAAAUAUGAGUAGGUUGAUCGCAACAGUACUGAUGAAAAAGGUAAAUUUUGAGCAACAACUAAUGUCUGAUAUGCCGGACAAAAAGGUGAAAACCACAGGAGCAGCUCUCAUGAUAUUGUUAGUGAUGAAACAGAUUGACUUGGAUCUGCCUGAUGGUAAAAGUCAACGUGUACUGGCUAAGGCUUUAGUAGUUUCUGCUGAUGUGGAAAAAAAAGAAUGCCCAGAAUUACAACUUGCAAACAGAAUUUUCCAAGGAAAAAAAAAAAUACUACUAGAUGCUAUUUUAGCAUUUAUCAAGCAAGUUUGUAGUACAUCCAAGGAUCCUUGUUGGCUUUGUGUUUUACCCUUGGUACAUUUCCUCUCUGACAAUUGUUUGCCAUUUCAACCUCCUGAGGUGGAUGUGGGACAUGACAAGUCUCAGCCAACAUGGUGGGGAAUAGCUGAUAUAGAUAAAGAGCUGGAUGAAUUCAAAAAGAAACGAGGAAAUUGGCUAAUCCAAGUAGAAAAGAUGUUGUCAAUCUUAAGUCCACUGUUUGAGAUGGAUUAUCUUCUCCCAAGGUCAUUUCUAGCUGCUGUUGAUUUAUCUGACCUACAGAAAGUACUUGAAACAAGAGAAAUACCAGUGGAAGCAUGCCUUGCCCGUUUAACAUACCAGUUAAAAGUGAACAAGCCAGAAACGAAUUAUUAUGACAGUUCUAAACUUCGUGACAUGUCAAAUGCUGAAAAGACUGUCCAACAUUGUAUUAAUUCAUUGCUGACACAGUUACAAGAAACUUUUUACAGUGACAGUCAUCAGCUUUCAAGCUGGACAAUGUGCUACCACAUUGCAUCUCACAUGCUAAAAAGAAGUCUUGUAAACAAUAGAGUUGAAACAAUUCAGCUGUGUGUCCAGGUCUUUAUCCACUGCAUUGCAGUGUAUGACAGAAUCAUGGUAGAACAGAAAAUAACAGGCAAAGGAGUUGAUAGCCAGAAAAAUGUACUAAGGGAAAAUGCAAAUGAUGUGGUGAGACAUGUUGAGAAGUACAAUAGGUGGGAUGUAGAAAUGAAAGCUAUUUUAGAUGUUUGGAACAACAUUUUUGCCCCAGUGGUCUUACAGUCUGAAGAUAUAAGAAACACAUGGAAUUCCAUGAUUUUUGAGAGACUUUUACAAAAGCUACAGAACAAGGUUUGCACAGUGAAUAAGUUCAUGCAGGACUUUGUUGAGCUUUACUGUCAAAAGGUAGAUGAGUACAACCCAUCAAUGCAAGACUGUAUGAGUAAAGCUGCCUUUCUGGCUAUUGCUAAAGGGUAUACUGUUGAUUAUGGACGCUUUUUACAUCAUGAAUAUAUGCGAUUUGGAAGUCUGCUUUCCCAUAUGUUCAUAUCAGAAUGGGACAAAAAUGUGAAGACAGGAUAUGGAGAAGAACUGUCAAUGUUACGACAUCUUCUGAGAUGGCCUCCAUUAUUACAGUAUCUGAAAAUAUAUUAUAAAGACGAGAAAAAAUUGGAAAUGCUGACAGUUGAAUGUAGCCAGCGUUUGACCCAAGCUGUCUCUGUAAUUGACAGCAGACUGACAGCUUUAUUGACAGGUGCAAUAGUUAUUGGUGAGCUAAGCUUGAUAAAAGAAAAGGAAGGCAAAUUUCCAGAGUUGGCAGAGUUAGUGAAAACAAAGACAGAACAUACAGCAGCCUUUAUUAGAAAAGCCAUUGAGAUCAGAGAGAGGGAAUUAGAAGCCUACCAGCAUGAAGCUCAACAAAUGGCAAUUUUUGCAUCUGUUUGUACACAUUUGGCCAACGUUGACACAUCAAGUAUUGAUGAUACACUGAAGAAACAGGAGGAUUUAGAGAUACAUCAAAUCAGAGAAUUCUGUGUACCAGCUGAUAUAACUAAAGUAGACGUUGUAGAUACAUACCAGCCCAGACUGUGUGCAUUCAAGUUGUCUCCUCUUGUACUAGAUGUGGUACCACAACUACAUGCUUGCUAUACCAGUAAUACAUUCAUGAUGCUUUGGAAUGCACAGUGUAAAGAAGUGUUUAACCAAUGCUCUACGCUGGAUGAUGUUGUGCAGAAUGUUUGGAAUAUUGUGAAAAACCAAUGGGACACAAUAACAAACAAGAUAAAGUCUGGUAAUAUUAAGUUUCAAGACUUUGAGAAGCUGGUCAGCCAGAAGUAUAGAGAUAAUUAUGACCAGAUGAAAGCUGAGUUAAGAACGAUGAGUAUUUUAGACAACAUUAUAGAUAAGCGUAUUGACCAGCUUAGAAAGUACAGACAAUUAGAAACAUGUGUAAAGGGAGCAAAGACAAUACUAAAAUUUGCUAAAGAAUACAAUUUGAAGGGUGAUUUCUCACAGAUCAGAGUUAUUGCAACACAUGGGGAAACUGAUCAAGACAUGAAAAGUUUUAACAACACUGUGAUGAAAGCCUGUGAAUUUCUCAAAGGUUUGACACCAGAUAAAGAAAAUUGCCUGAAAGCGUUUGUGAAAUGUGGACCACUUGUACAAUGGCUAAAAGAGUCGAUGGAGACAUCUGGAUUAAAAGAGCUGAAAGUAUUUGUUGACCUUGCAUUUAUGUCAGCUGGUGAUGAACCAAUUAACAUUGCUCGCGUUCAAUGUCUCCACUCAGCUGUGACAGGAUAUGCCCCACUUAUAUUUGAUCUGGAUGAGGAUUGUGGUUACAAGGAACUCUUGAAUCUUUGUGAUGUUGUUUGGAAAGAACUUGAAGCAAAUCCUGAACUCCCAAAGAAAUUGCUAGACACUACAGGUCAGCUUGAGUGGCUUAAAGCAAUCAAACAAGCCCAUGGCUCGGUAGAGGUAACAUCCCUUAUGCAAGUUGAAGCUAUUAAUGCUAAUGGAAUAUUUACACUCGGUAAAAAUACAUGGAAGAAAGAGACGCAGACACAACAGAUUGAUGGUGCAAUUAUGGAAAUGUCAGAUAUUCUGAAGUUGACUGUGCCAGAACAAGAAGGGAAAAGAGAGUUGAAAAAUUACAACUUCACCCAGCUUCAAGAUUUACAGAGCCGACUUAUGUUGGUGGCAGGCAAGGCAGAGAAGGGUUCUGAUAGUGUUGACAGAUUCACCAUGAUAUUUGACAGUAUAACUAGACUAAGUAGUGUAUACAUGAAACUUAGUUCCUCUGGAUGUGUACUUUUUAAAGACUGGAGAAGCAGGUUUUUCUGUGACCCUCGACCUGAACGACCAGUUUGUGCUAUUCUAGAGUUUGGACAAGGUGAUGGUGCACCCCAGUUGAAGGGGAAAAAAACUGAUACCGAAGGUCUGCAAGACAUAAUACCAGAGUUAGCAAAUUUUAUGGAGACAUGUUUAGAGGAAUGGUUGAAGUAUAUCAAAGAAAAAAGAAAGAAUCAUCUUCAUUUGAAUUAUUUCACUGUAGACCAGUUGGUCAUUCUACAACGAGAGCUUGUCAAAAUGGGAUCAGAUUUAGAGCCUUCUCAUCUUAUCUACCCACUCCUCUCUGCUGUUAAAGAAAAUUGUACACCAGAUGAUCUGUUGGAUUCAAUGACUUCUGCUAAAGAAGAAAUUGAGCGGGGCGCUGUGAUGGAGGCAGAGGAGGAACGGGACCAAGAGGAAGCAAACACUUUGACAGAUUCUACUGAAGAUGAGAAGAAACAGAACUUUGUACAAGAGCUUAUUCAGGCUGGCUACGAGCAGACACUUGCUAUUAAAGCUUUGGAUUUUGUGGACCCCGACGAUGUGACUGCAGGAAUAGUUUGGUGCAUGGAUCAUGAAGAAACGGACACAUCUGAAGAUGAUGAUCAACCAAUGCAAGAAAAAAAUAAACCAGUUAGAAAACAUCUUUCACAGAGACCAACUUUCACUGGCUGGAGCCAAUCUAAGACUGACAUACAAUCUAUGAUUACAACAAACAUAUCUGGAUUGGGAAAACAAAAAACUUUUGGAUCAGAACCUUUGAUAAAUGACUUAGAGGAGUUAUGGAACAAGUUCUUGGAAUCAAUUUCUUCCAAUAUAAGAGAUUAUCUUAGUCUAGAACAUCUUGGUCUUAUUUUAAAAUAUCUCUCAAUGAAAGAAACAAGUGAGGUAUGUAGAUCUCUACCUCCUGGAUACAAAGAAGGACAACCCAAUCUAAUCAUUUGUCCAUCAGGAGAUGUAUUAAUGACAACACUAUCUAUAUAUAUGAUGGACAAAGAUCAACCUUUACCGCAGUCUGAUGAAAUACUCAUGUGUACACCUAACACAACAAAAGAUGAAGUUGAUAUAUUUUGGAGGAGAGCAAUAUUUGAUGGAGGAAGAAAGAUUCACUGUCUGGUAAAUGCUGACAUGUUAGAUUAUGAUGUCAGUGAAGCUGCAGAGAGAUGUCUAGAGGAAUAUCUGCUGGAAGUUCAUCACAAUGAAGACUUGAAUUACCAUCUCCUUGUUAUAUGUGGUUCUGACAAUGAGUAUAAAUCCACAAUGGCCUCUUCCCUGGACAAAUUCAAGAGACAACCAUUGUUGGGAAAUAUAUCUCACCUACGGGAAUACCUAUCAACCAAACUUACAGUCUCACAAACAACUAUAUCUGGAGCAAGACCUGCAGCUAGUGUUGAUCAUCAAAGGUAUUCUGUUCGUGUUAUUAAAUCAUGGAGAGCAGGAGUUGGGAAAACCUUGUAUAAAAACAGGAGAGAGACAGAUGUUUCUCGAUUGAACAAAAGGGCAGUUAAUACCGUGACAGUGUCUAUACCCCUACAAGAGAAAACUAUAGAUCUACAUUAUUUAAUAGAGAGACUUCUAGAACACACAGCAAAACCAGAUGAGGUCACUGCCAGACUCUUCCACAUUGAUGUGGCUCAUGAGGUGGAAAAUGGAGUUGACUAUUUACUGUUCAACCUUUUGCUUCUUGGAUGUUUGACAGACAAGACAGGUUUUGUUUGGAGGAAAUCUCCUACCGAUCUGUACCUAAUUGAGACCAUGCCUUUAAUGAUGCAGACUACUAAUAGAAAGGUAGAUGACUUAGAGUAUGCACACCCAAUGUUGAAUAUUUUACCAGAUCUUACAUGUCGAUCACCUCAGGAAAGUUUGCAAAUUUAUUCUGGGGUACAAUUGAAAGGUUACAAGGACUCCGAUCAGUUAUUUGAUGAGCAACAGUUUAGAAGCCCAGUAUUCCAGCGUACAUUCCAGUACUUGUUGAGACUAGAUCAAAGGAGACAACUUGAUGAUGUCCAACCAGACGACCCAGAGGAAGAUCCAGAAACAUGUCUACAAACUCUUUUAAGACAUUGUGGAUUAGAAGAUCCAUCUUGGUCAGAGCUUCAUCAUUUUGUUUGGUUUCUGAACACACAGCUGGUAGAUUUUGAGAAUAACAUGUUUGUUAGUGCAGCUGCUGCAGAAGAUCUUCCUGGAUUCUCUAAAUUUGUCCUCAGAUUUCUUAUACAGAUGUCAAGGGAUUUUUCAACAAGAUCUUUGGAUAUGAAGGAAGAAUCACCAGGGCUUAAACCAAAAACCAGAGAAAAUAAUAUCCAAAUGGAAAUUGAUGUUGGUGAAAAUGAAAGUGAUAUUGAUGAUGAUGACGAUGUUGAUGAGGAGGAUAGUGAUGAGGAGGAAAAUAAUGAUGAUAGUGUGUUACAGGCAUAUCAAAUGAGAAGGACAUGGGAGAGCAGUCCACAUCCAUACCUGUUUUUCAACUCUGAUAGAUUUAGUUUCACCUUCCUUGGCUUUUAUAUUGAGAAAAGUUCAGGAAACUUGAUAGAUCAACAGACAGGGAAAGUUUUAGAACGAGGAAUAAUGACACCGAAUUUGUAUGACUCCCUUGUUAGAAACCAUGCACCAAUACAAGAAAACUUCGAUAACCUGCCUAGACACGAAAAAAUCUUGAAGCUAUGUAAGUGUAUGGGUUUAGAUAUGCCUCAUGAUCCUGAUGACACCUAUGAGUUGACAACUGACAAUGUGAAGAAGAUCAUGGCAAUAUAUAUGAGGUUUAGGUGUGAUAUACCAGUUAUCAUUAUGGGAGAGACAGGUUGUGGUAAAACAAGAUUGGUCAAGUUUAUGUGUUCUCUACAACAACCCCCUGGUGUUAACAUGACAAACAUGAUUCUCAUGAAGGUUCAUGGAGGGACGACUAACAAAGACAUAAUUAGGAAAGUUAAACAAGCUGAGAAAAUUGCACAGACAAACAAAGAUGAAUACGGAGACCAAGUUUACACUGUUCUGUUCUUUGAUGAAGCAAACACAACAGAAGCUAUUGGACUUAUUAAAGAAAUCAUGUGUGACAAAAGUAUGGAAGGAAAGAAACUGAAAUUGUGUGAAAACCUAAAAAUGGUUGCCGCUUGUAACCCAUACAGAAAGCACUCAGAUAAGCUAAUCAAAAAGUUAGAGCAAGCAGGACUUGGUUAUCAUGUGGAUGCUGAUGAAACAACAGACAGACUGGGGCGGGUACCAAUGAGACGCCUUGUGUAUAGGGUCCAGCCUCUACCACAAAGUUUACUGCCCCUGGUAUGGGACUUUGGUCAGCUGAACACACAAGUGGAAGACCUUUAUAUCAGACAAAUGGUCAGAAGAUAUAUUCGAGAUGACAAACUGCCAGAUGUACCAGGUUUGAUUGAGGUUGUUAGUUCUAUCCUGACAGCAUCACAAGAAUAUAUGAGAGAACAAAAGGAUGAGUGUAGUUUUGUUUCACUACGAGAUGUUGACAGAGUGCUGACAGUUAUGAGCUGGUUCUACCAACAAAGUCAAGGUAACAAUACAUUGUUCAACCUGAUCGAUAGGAAACUAGGAGCUGGAGUAGACAAUAGUUUGUUCGGGAUGGAGGAGGAGGAGGAUGAGCAAGAAGAUAAUGAUGAAGAUGAUAUAGUGUAUAGACAGAUUGAUGAUCAUAUAGAUAAUAUCACACGCUCUCUUAUCCUGGCUGUCGGGAUAUGUUAUCAUGCCUGUCUUAAAACCAGACAACAAUAUCGAGAACACAUUUCACGGUAUUUUACAUCACCUUGUGAGCUACAUGGAGGAGAGGAACAAAUACAGGAAGAAAUUGAAAACUGUCAAGAAGUUUUCCUAGAUCACGUUCAUCUUGAGAAGAAUAUAGCUCGUAACAUGGCACUGAGAGAGAAUGUUUUCAUGAUGAUUGUAUGUAUAGAACUACGGAUCCCAUUGUUCCUUGUUGGUAAGCCUGGAAGUUCCAAAUCCCUCGCCAAAACCAUUGUUUCUGAUGCUAUGCAGGGAAAUAAUGCCAAAGAGAAACUUUUCAAGGAGUUUAAGCAAGCUCAGAUGGUUUCAUUCCAGUGUAGCCCCUUGGCUACACCAGAUACUAUAGUUGCAACAUUUCGACAAUGUGCACAGUUCCAGAAAGACAAAGAUUUGGAUACAUUUGUCUCUAUUGUUGUCCUUGAUGAAGUAGGAUUGGCUGAAGACAGUCCAAGAAUGCCACUUAAGACACUUCAUCCAUUAUUGGAGGAUGGUUGUCAAGGUGAUGAAGAGCCAGAAAAACACAUGAAGGUUGCAUUUAUCGGUAUAUCAAACUGGGCAUUGGAUCCUGCCAAAAUGAACAGAGGAAUUCUGGUACAGAGGGAAGUUCCAGAUCUUGAAGAACUGAAAAAUAGUGCAAAUGGUAUAUGUCAGACAGAAGAUGAACUUGGCAGCUGGAUUAAACCGCUUAUAGAGCCAAUGGCAAUUUCCUAUCUGGAUAUUUUUGAGAGAGCCUCAAAGAACAUGAGGGAAUUUUAUGGAUUAAGAGACUUUUACAGUUUAGUGAAAAUGGUGUAUUGGUUUGUGGAGCAGUCCAAACAAAGGCCAACAUGGUAUGAAAUGUUACAUGCAAUUUUGAGAAACUUUGGCGGUCUGGACGAAGUUAAUCCUGUGAAGAGUUUUAAGGAGAAUCUUUCCAAGGUUGUUCAUUUUGAUGAAAGGCCCAAAAGAACAGAUCCAGACUGCAGUCCUGCUGGUCUAGUACAGGCAUGUCUGUUUGACUCAAAAAAUACACAAAGUGAGAGUAGAUACCUGCUACUGUUAACAGAGAAUUAUGGUACAUUAACAAUCAUACAACAACAGAUUCUGUCUAGGAGAGGUGAUAUCAGACCUAUUACCAUAUUUGGUAGUAGCUUUAGAAGUGACCAGGAGUAUACACAGGUAUGUCGAAACAUCAACAAGAUCAAAGUGUGUAUGGAGACAGGAAAUACUGUGGUUUUACUGAACUUGGAAAAUCUCUAUGAGAGUUUAUAUGAUGCCCUCAAUCAAUAUUAUGUAUAUUUUGGUGGAGAAAGAUAUGUUGAUCUUGGACUUGGAACACAUAGAGUCAAGUGUCCAGUACACAAAGACUUCAGACUGAUAGUAGUUGCAGAGAAACAGACAGUAUAUAAGAAGUUUCCUAUACCUCUUAUCAACCGUCUAGAGAAACAUUUUCUCACCAUCAACACAAUGUUGUCAUUAGAACAACAGCGAUGUAAACAGAAGUUGGAAAACUGGGCCAAGGAGUUUGUAAAGCAAAGAAAAACUACAGACUUACAUCAAAGGAAAGAGAAAUCAGAGACAGAAGUUGGAGAUGUGUUUAUUGGUUACCAUGAUGACACCUGCUCUGCUAUUGUGUUAGAUGUUUGGGAAAAGCCUGGAAAUUUACAAGAUGACAUAAACAGGGAUGAACAGGUCCUUCAAUACGCCAAGUUAGUGUUGUUGUGGUGUGCUACGCCUGAAUCUUUAGUUCGACUUGACAAAAGUAGUCUUUCUAAUGAAGAGAAAAAGUUCCUUGUUUACAAGUACUUCGAAGAACAAUCACAUGACAACUUCAUACAAUAUAUCAAAUUCAAAAUUGUGGAGGAACGAUGUGAACAGAUCUUCACACAGAUAACAACACAUUCCAAACUGAUGGCAGGUGUUCACAAGAAAGAAAUCAGUAAAGCCUGUGGAAUACGUGUAGACAGAAUACUGCUAUUGGAAACUUUGUCAUCCUUUGAUACAGAACAACAGUUCAGUAACAGAAUUCAGCAACACAUUCAAACUCCAGGAAAAGAGCCAAGUCUUAUGGUGAUACAGUGUGACUCUGGUGAUGUGAACGCCAAUCUGAUUGCGUGUGCUCGUUACUGUGUCAUGGAUGAGUAUGAAAAGAUGCGCGGGGAACUACAAGCGCCUGUGCAUGUUGUAUUUAUUGUACAGCUCCCUCGAGGGGCCUCAUUUACAGGAUUUCAGUGUGGAGUUUGGCAAUCAGUACAUAUAGAUGACUUGUACACAGCUGAUAUGAACAUGCCAAAAUUGAGAGAUAUGCAAGACAAGUCAGUGGCCAAAAUAUUCAGUGAUGCAGUAACAGGCGGUGUUGCAAUGGAAACUGAAGACACAAUGGAGAGAGAGAAUGUUGAAGUUAUAGAAGAUAUGGAAUUGAGCGGAAAUGAAGCAGGAAAUUUUUCUCCCAGACCAGGUUCUAGUAAAGGUAAUGAUUGGAUGAGGAUGGAAACAGAAGAAGUGUUAGGUAAUAAAUUUGGUAUUGGGAAACCCCUACAGUUACAUGAUGUCCUUUUUGACCUCAAACAUGUUGGAACACAUCGCACCAGUCCAAGAGGAUAUGGACAAAACAGACAAAAUGUUGAAGGUUUAGUAUUAGCCUGUGUGCAGGCAGCGUUGUCAAUGGUUAAAGAUAAAGAGGAAAAUACAAGUAAAGAAACAGACAGAGUGGCCCUAGUACUGAAAUUGAUGUAUCAAGAUCAAGAUGAAGGCCAAGCUUCUUUCCUACACGGAAUUUGCUGUCUAAUUGCCAAGCUUCUGGAAGAAAAGGAAUCGAGGACUCAUAUUGCCUACAUGGCAAAAAAUUGGCUGAUAAAUGAGGCGGCCUCCAAAGAAAACAUCAACAAAGCUGGAACUUUUAGACGCUCAUGUAUACAAACCUUGGAGACUAAAGUUGCUCCAAUUUUAGCUGGCAUCAUUGCCUAUUUGGACACUAAUGAUAACAUCAAAAUACUGCAAGAAGACUGUGAUUGGAAACAAAAACUGUUUUUGACCAUUCUUAACACAGUUGAUGCCAUCAGUCUGAAGUUUGCAGAUUUACAAUCACCAACAAGAAAGAGUGAUCUUCAAGAGGUAGUUGUUAUGACAACUGGAUGUGAAGGUCACCUUUUCAGUGCAAGAAUGCCAUUUUCUUGGCUUCUUAUAAAUAAGAUCAAUGAUCUCUUGAAAUUACCUCUUCCAGUGGCAGAUUCAAAUGAGCAUGAUGAAGAUGAGGACAUUAUUAAAAGCGCAGAAUUUUCGGUAAACAUCUUGAGUGAACAAGCCAUAGGGAAGGUUUUAAGCUGUAUUAAUCAACAAGAAGCACUAACAGAUGCUUUGCAAGAAUAUUUACAUGACUUUGUUCACACAAUGUAUCACGCUGCAUCUGGGCAAGAACAUCAGUUGGUAUGUCAGUCAGUGUUGUAUUUAACCACUCAAAUGGCAAAUACCUUAUCAGAGAACUCCCUGCUACAUAGUUUAGUGACUGUGCAUAUUGCCUACCAGAAACUUGCAUCUAGACUGACCUACUUUAGGGCGAUGAACAGUGUAUGGCCAGAAUGCAGUUCCACUAUUGUAGACUUGAAAGCCAGCAAACCUGACCAUUUUAUGUUCAAGGAACAAGAAUUU